AUGAUCUUCGAUAUGCGCAUCUCAAUCAUUCAGCCUGUAUCGACACCAGUCGACCUGUCAAGCGAGGAACUAGAAGGACUGUGCAAAAACGGUAUCACUUGUUCAGUCGUCAAUUUGAACACUGGCCCAAUCUCCGUCGAAUCUCGAGCCGACAAAGCAUUCGCAAUCCCCGGCCUGAUUGCGGCAGCCCAGCGAGAAGAACAAAAAGGAGCCGAUGCCAUAGUCAUCGAUUGUUUCGGUGACCCCGGCUUAGAUACUCUGCGAGAAGUUGUCGAUAUCCCAGUCUUAGGUGUGGCGCAGAUUUCAAUGAACAUAUGUGCCAGUCUAGCGGAUACAUUUGGGGUCGUCACCAUCUUGAAAGGGUCCAUUCCCAUCAUCAAAGACUCGGUUAAAGCAUACGGUCACGAGGGCAGAUUUGUCGGUUGUCAUGCCAUCGAUAUGCGAUCGCUUGAAAUCAAGGGCAAAGUCAAUGAAAUGACGAAUAGGUUAGCGGAGCAUGCCCUCGCUCUCGUGAGAGAUAUGGGUGCACAUUCUAUUAUCCUGGGAUGCACUGGCUUUAUAGGUUGUGCUGAGGAAAUCAAAAAGCGGCUUGAACUUUCGGGAUUCGAUAUUCCGGUUAUUGAUCCCAUGCCUGUGACUGUCUUUUCUGCCAUACCUCUUGUCCAGUUAAGCUUAAAGCAAAGCAGAGAAAGCUAUCCAAGGAGUACGAUUAAGGAAACAAAAGGUUAUACAGAGUUUGAGUGA